AGUUGGUGAACGAAGCAGAAGGGAGAAACUUCUCUUUCCAAUCGGAUCAACAAAGUUUUAAAAGUCUCACAAGUUUGUAAAAUACAUUAGAACAUUAAAGCAUAACCUUUUCCUCCUGUUAGUAUGAACGUAAGGUUGUGGUUUUUCAGCUCCGGUUUCUGUGUGGUAUUAAUCCUGCGUUUAGCUCCGCUGGCAGACUGUUCUGCUGGCUUAGUAAUGGCUGGGGUGGAUUUUAUAAGUAAUCGAAAUUCGAACACACAAAAAAAGAGCGGGGUCCAGUCUUUCAUUGCGGGGGUGGCGGCGAACGAGUUUUGGCGCAAGUACGUGAACGAUCCGAUGGACGCGCGCUUCACGAAGGACUUCGGCGCGGAGCUGAAGGUGACGUCGGGCGACGUGGUGGUGACGUCGGUGUUUCCGACGAGCAAGACCGUGAUGCGCCCGUGGCACUGGUUCUACACCCUCUGGCCGGCCAGGGCUGGGCCGGAGGGCAAGCCGAACAUACCGGCCAAGAUGAUCCGCUUCCUGCCGACGAGGAAAACCCUUUUCGUGAGCGUCAAUCCGCAGCUCUUCAACCCGGCCAUCAAGUACCAGACAAGGGUCCUCAUGAACCGCGAGAAGAAAGCAGGACACAUCGGACUCGUGGGUGUUUUGAUCGCUUAUAUGAUGGGGCAAAAUCAGAAAUUAUACUUCAAUCCCUUUUUCUGCAGCGCGAAACAUUACGUGGAGUACCUUGCUCUGGGCCAGGUCACGGGAGGACGAUGGUGGCAACCCCUGUACAACAGACUUAGCAAGAGAUGCCCUGUUAGAAACCUGGUAACCUCAGAAAUGCUGGACGAGAUCUACAUAAGUAGGACCUUCACGUUGAGAGGGAAACUUGACGACGCUAAAGUCAUACUGCGGGUUGACAAAUGGCCAGAGGAGAUUGAAUUAAUGUACCACAAACACAAGAAAAGGGUAGAAGCAGCAGAAAAGCUAAAGGGACCUUAGGAAACUCGCAAACGAAAUAAUCUAUCGAAUAGGGGAAAUACGUGUUUUAGCAAAAGAAAUUUGGGAACGCCUGAAGUUUCAUACGACGUUCAUUAGGCAGAAUAGGUCAGUUAUAUUAUUCAAAGAAUCAUCUGCUCAUGAGGUCAAACACCGAAAAAGCAAGGGUGCUUACUUAAUAAUCUGGAUGUAAAAAAGUGUGCGACAACUCACUAAACGCUAUGUCAACCGCCACAGCAGUUG